AUGAACUGCCCUAUAGGAAUAUUUGGAGAUACAGGAGUAGGUAAAAGUAGAAUAUGCAACCGAUUUGUGUCUAAUUGCUAUGAAGAAGAUUAUAUGCCUACUAUAUUUUGCAGUUACAUCAAGCCAAUUGUUCAUCAAAAGAAUUUUUAUUCAUUAGAAAUCAAUGAAUCAGCAAGUGACGAAGGAUUUGUCACAGAUUAUACCGAUGUUAUUGAAAAAUCUUUAGGAUUUUUAUGUAUUUUUGACCUUACACAAGAAACAAGUUUGCAUAAAAUUUCAGAAUUUAGAUAUCGAAUUUUGAACCAAAAAAAUUUAACCAAAGUGCCAAUGAUCAUUGUCGGUAACAAGAGCGAUUUGACAUCUGAAAGAAAAGUUUUGUCUGAAACUGGACAGAUGCUUGCAGAUAAAUGUUGUGUGCCUUACAUAGAGGUCUCUGCAAAAUUUGGAACUAAUAUAUCGAAAUGCUUUGAAAUGCUUUUAGACGAAAUUCAUCCAAAGAAUAAUCUGAUUCCAGUCAAGAGAAAAGGAUGCUUAGGAUGCAUUCAAUGGCUUGUAACCUAA